AAGUACCUAGCAUUAGUACAUAAACGUGUCUGGCUCUGCUUAGGUAGCUUCUUGUUGUUGGUGAUCGUCUGAUACAGACAUGGCCAAUAUCACAAGCGUCGGAGUUAUCGGCGCCGGUCAAAUGGGUUCCGGAAUCGCCCAACUCGCCGCCGUCAACGACAUCGACGUUUGGCUCUACGAUACUGAUUCUGAAGCUCUUAUUAAAGCCCAAAAUUCUAUUUCCAAUAAUAUUCAACGCCUCCUCUCCAAAGGACAACUCUCUCAGGAAAAAAGUGCUGACGCUGUAAGACGUCUACGGUGUUCAUCCCGCUUGGAAGAUUUACAUUCAGUUGAUUUUGUUGUCGAGGCUAUUGUGGAAUCCGAACAAGUGAAGAAAUCUUUAUUUUCCAACUUGGAUAAGAUUGUAAAGAGCUCUGCUAUUUUGGCUUCUAAUACAAGCUCUAUAUCCAUUACUCGUCUAGCAUCUGCAACGAGCCGACCCUGCCAGGUGAUCGGCAUGCACUUUAUGAAUCCGCCACCUAUUAUGAAGCUGGUUGAGAUUAUUCGGGGUGCAGAUACAUCAGAAGACACAUAUUGUGCCACUAAAUGCCUGGCAGAGAGGUUUGGUAAGACAGUUAUCUGUUCUCAGGAUUAUUCUGGCUUCAUUGUAAACCGAAUUUUGAUGCCUAUGAUUAAUGAGGCCUUUCAUACACUUUAUACCGGAGUUGCAACAAAAGAAGACAUCGAUACAGGAAUGAAGCUAGGAACCAACCAUCCUAUGGGUCCUUUGGAACUUGCAGAUUUUAUUGGACUGGAUGUUUGUUUGUCGAUCAUGAAAGUUCUUCAUGUCGGUCUAGGAGACGAUAAGUAUGCUCCGUGCCCUCUCCUUGUGCAGUGUGUUGAUGCUGGUAGACUUGGUAAAAAGCGAGGCAUCGGCGUAUAUGAUUACCGUAGUGCUGCUGCAGACACAGGAAAAUCUCCUCGACUUUGAUAUCCUUUGCACUUGGAGUUUGUGAAACAGCUGCAACACCACUCUUAUCUUCCUCAUGUGUCAAUAAAAGAAAAAAAAGGUAACAGGGAUGUGAUACCUGGCUUGUUUGAGUUGUCAAAAAACAUAAAGGUUGUUCCAUGACGACCAGAUGUAACUUUUCUCUUCUUAUUGCAUAUCUUUUCUUGUUGCCAAGUC